UCUCAUCAUCAUCGCCGAAAGAAUUUAUUGAAUUUGAAUUUGUUUUUUUCUUUGAAUUUGUUUCUGUUUUUUGAGGAAAAAAAAUGGAUCAACUACUAGAAUUUGAACAUGAAGCAUUAUUAAAUGUAUUAAAUCAAAAUAGUUUAACAAUUUCAUCAAAAGGAUUAUUAAAUGAUCGUCUUUUAUUUCAUUUAGUUCGUACAUAUUCAAAUCAUUGUCAUUUGGUUUUUGUUAUUGGUUCGAAUGAAAAAGAAGAAGAUAGUAUUAUGUUUCAAAUUGAUGAAUAUAUUGCCAAAAGACGAUCCAACAAUAAUGAUAAUAAGGAUGAUGAUGAUGAAUUUGAGCGGCCACAAAAAAUUUCCUAUUCAUCGUAUAAAACACAAGAACGUCAUAAUAUGUAUUUAGCCGGUGGUGUUAUAUUUAUAACAACAAGAAUAUUAAUUGUUGAUAUGCUUGCCAAACGUGUACCUAUUCAAUCAAUAUCGGGUAUUAUUGUUCUAAAUUCACAUCGUAUAAUUAAAGAUUAUUAUUUAUCAUUUAUUUUACGUUUAUAUCGAUUAUCGAAUAAAACUGGAUUCAUUACGGCUUUAUCACAAAAUGCAUCAAGUUUUUUUGGUUCAUUUGGUCAGCUAGAAAAAUGUAUGAGAAAAUUAUUUGUUAGUCAAUUAUAUUUAUGGCCACGUUUUCAUGCUACAAUUCGUAAUUCAUUAACCAUACGUAAAUCACCAAAAGUUAAUGAAUUUCGUAUACAAAUGACACCUGUAAUGAAAGAAAUACAAUUUACCUUUCUCGAACUUAUAUCAUCAAGUAUUAAAGAAUUAAUUAAAAUGGAAAAUAUUGGAUAUUUUUUUGAUAAUUCAACAAAUUCAUUAAAUGAAGAACGUUCAUUAAAUACGAUAAGUGUAUUAUCAAAUAAUUUCAAUAAAUUAAUACGUUUAAAUCUUGAUUCAAUAUGGUAUAAUUUAAGUUUAAAAGCACGUCGUACAAUACGUGAAAUACAAUUACUUAAAUCCUUACUAUUUCAUUUAACUGAAUUGGAUUCGGUUACAUUUUAUGGUGAAAUUAAACAUAUAAUGGAUACAUAUGAUCCAAAAAUACAUACAAUUGAUUGGUUACAUCGACCAGCAGCAACAACAUUAUAUGAUCUAACUGUUGAACGUGUUUUUAAAGAAAAUUUAAAUAAUGAAAAAAUUUUUCAAAUUGAAAUUAAUCCCAAAUUAGAAGCAUUAAUCAUUCAUCUUAAAGAAAUUGAACAAAAAAUUUUAAAUGAAAAUAAUACUGCUGUUGAUGAUGAUGAUGUUGUUGAUAUUAUAAUUGUUGUAGAAAAAUCAUAUUCAAUUAAUUUGAUUGAAAAAUAUUUGGAUAAAGGUCGUAAUGUUGUUAUUGAAGAAUUAAAACAAAAAGCUGAACUUUUAGCUAAUGGAAAAAAGAUUGAUUUGAUUUCGAAAUUAAAAUCGAAAAAAUCCGAAAAAUCAAAUCCAAAUGAUAAAGAUGGUGAUGAUGGUGAUGGUGAUAUUGAAGAAUUUGAAGAUCAAUUAACAUUAACACAGAUGAUGUGUCCAAUUGAAUCACAUGAAUUAUCGAUUGUACGUCGUCAUCAAUUAUAUCAAAUACAUUAUUAUGAAUGGUCAGCUGAUGAUGAUUGUGGUUUAGGUUUAAAACAUUUACUUUAUACAUUAAAACCACAAUAUAUUAUUAUUUAUGAAGCUGAAAUGUGUGUUAUUCGUCAAAUUGAAUUAUAUCAGGGAUUAUAUGGACGGCCAGAAAAACCGGAGAUUGAAGUUAGUUUUUUUGUUUAUGAUGGUUCAGUUGAAGAACAACGUUAUCUACGAAAAUUACAAAUAGAAAAAGAAUCAUUUGAAAAAUUAAUACAAGAAAAAUCUCGAUUACCUGAUCAUAAAGAAAAUGAAGGUAUUGUUGGUGAACAUCCUGAUUUGAUACGUGGAAAACCAACACUUUUUCAUCCAGAUGAAUAUGCUGAACGUAUUAAUUCAAGAUUAGGUGGUGGUGGUGGUAAUAUGGAAAAAAAUUCCACAUCUAAUCCACAAGUAUUAAUUGAUUUACGUGAAUUUCGUUCAGCAUUACCAUCAUAUAUUCAUAAGAUUGGUAUUGAUUUAAUACCUGUAACAUUAGAAAUUGGUGAUUAUAUUAUAACACCUGAAUCUUGUAUCGAACGAAAAGCUAUACCGGAUCUAUUAAAAUCAUUAUCCGAUGGACGACUAUAUCAACAAACACAAACAAUGACACGUCAUUAUAGAAAACCAUUAUUAUUAAUAGAAUUUCCUGAAGAUUCAUUUAGUUUUCAAUCACGUAUAUGGGGUAAUGCAUUUUUAUCUAGUCAAAUAUCAAAAUCAGAAUCACGCCCAGAUCCAUUAACACAAUUAUCAAUAUUGAUAAUAAAUUUUCCAAAAUUACAAUUAAUUUGGUCACCAUCACCAAAUUUUACAGCCAAUAUUAUAAAUGAAUUAAAAAAUGGUAAAGAAGAACCAAAUAAUAAUAAUAUUAUUCGUUUAAAUCUUGAACAAAAUCAAGAAUUAUCAUCUGAUUAUAUAAAUGAUCGUUAUGAUAUUGAAACAAAAGAAUUUUUAUUAUGUUUACCCGGUAUUACUACACAAAAUGUUUAUUGUAUUAUGAAUGAAUUUAAAUCAAUAAAUGAUAUUGUACAACAAUCAAUUGAAGAAUUAACAGAAAAAUUAGGUAGUAGUCAUCAUUCACAAUUACUUUAUAAUGCUUUGCAUAGUCCAAUUACGUUGGGUGUUGAUACACAAAACAAAAUGCGAUCAAAUAAAGAAACCACCAAACGUUUUGCUUAUGUUCGUAAACGUAAAUAAUUAAUAUUUUUUUAAAAAACAUUUGUUAUGAAAUUAAUAAAGAUUUUUAUUUUAAAAAAUGAA